AUGGAGACUAUAGUUGUUGAUCAUUCCAGGAAUCAUAAUCAGUAUUAUGGCAGAAUCAGGGAUCAUGGCCCUGCUUCGGAUUCCGGUAGUUUCCGGGAUAUCAAUUGCCGGUCAUUUCAAUCCAAAGCAGGGUUACUUCCAUCCCCAUCGAAAUCUUGCACUACCACUGCAGUUGUUAGUAAAAGGGCUUUUUCUGCUCCAUUUUCACCCAAGACCCCAUCUCCAUCUGUUAAUGAGAUUGUCAAAACCUCUAAAAAAACUGCUAUAAGUAGUGUAAUUCCAAUUACUGUGAAGAUCAAGUUUGAAGAGCAUGAAGGUUGUUUAGUUGAUGAUUUUCUAUCAUCUGAGCGCUGGGCUGGGCCUGCUUACUCGAACUCACCUCCUCCAAGUUCAUUACCAAUGCCCAAAUUUUCCCUUUGCCCAAAGAGGACUGUUUCGCUUGACUUACCUACCCCAAUCUCUGAAUUGGACCUACACCUUGUUUCAAAAUCAGCUCCUGCAUCUCCAACUAGAGAGCGAAGCCCUUCGUCGAGUAAUCUGUUUGUCAGUGCUGCUACAAAGAUGACACCUAUCAAUCUUUUUAACAGUGCUGACUCUGCGACAAAGACCCUUCGUCGCAUUCUUAAUCUUGAUGUCAGUGAUGAAUGA